AUUGGCUCGGGAAGAGGAAGGGUCAUGAUAGUUUUGGUUUCUGAAUACAGGUGAUUCUAAACUGACGCUUAAAUAAUUAGGCAAUUUUAAACAUAUAAAUGAAAAGGUCGGGUCAAUUGUGCUUUCGCAACUGUAAGGUGAUGUUUUACUAGCCAACAGCUAUAAGACCCUCCCAGCUCCCACCAAGAACCUUUCUGGCUUCACUGUACAAUUCUACUCCUACAGGUUCCUUGUCCCUACAGUAUCCACACUCACUGUCUGCAUCCAUUGUUCAUCAUCUUUGAGGGGCGGUUAGGAAAAGUGUUCACCCGAAGGCCUGGAUUCAAAUCUCCACAUGGGGCCACUGUGAAGCCCAUUUCUGGUGUCUGCUCCAUGAUAUUGUUGGAAUUAUUUGGAAUAUUGCUACGGGUGGUGUAAACCCCACACUCACACUCACUCAUCAUCUUGGAUGUUAUUGCAGGUGAUGAUCAAAUUAAGGUUCCCCGAUGGAGGCUGAUACAGCACAUAACCCAGGUCCGUCAGAUCUGCCCAUCAGAGAGCUAGCCUCCCCUCUGAAGGGAUGGGAGUGUGAGCUGUGCGGCUUCCAGUCCUCCUUCAGAACAAGCCUCAUCAACCAUCAGGCAGUCCAUUCUGAUGCCAGGCCCUUUGAAUGCCAGAUGUGUGACUAUGCAGCCAAACGCAAAUAUGAUCUCAAGAAGCACGUCAUGCUGAAGCAUAGGAGAGAUGAAUCAUUCCUUGGCGCCAGCGUGUUUGACCAUUCCUCUCAGCUGGAGAAUGUAAGUGGGGACAUGUUCAACAUGGGCAGGUCAUUGUCGCCAUACCAGGCACAGGAUCACUGUCAGCCGGGGGUUCAGCUUUCCUCAAAAUACAGUAUCUCUCCCAUUGAGAAAAGGGAAAAGUUCAGUUUUUCCCCAACUGAGAAAAGGGAAAAGUUGCAUCAGAUUGAGAUAAAAUUGGAACCUUCUGAUGUGGAGGAUGAUGAAAACGUUAGCAGGACUUUCCCAUCCACUCACCACAUGAAACAGAUGUCUUCUGAAAAAGAGUUUUUAAGCAGAAUUGACAGCCAAGGCUUUGGGGGUGUUCAGCCCAAACAGCUAAAAACGACACUUGUUGUCAACAAGAAAUGUGAUUUGUUGCAUCUUGGAACUCAUGGUGCUCAACCCAACAAACAAGAUUCUCACACUACCUCAGUUCUGUCACGGUUGGAACAUACUCAGGCAAAACGCUCACUAGAACAAUUAGAUGCAGAAAGUGAUGGCAGCAGACGUAAACACAGACAACCUUCUUUACCUUCAAGCGAAACACCUGGAAAGUCGGCUGUAGACAAUGUAGGUGGCAUCCCUCAACAACAGUUAUGGAAACCGUCCAAUCCAAGUGCUCGUCUCUUUGAAGAAGCCCCCUCCAGCCAAUCAGAGAUUCCGACACAUUCUGAAGUUAGCUGUAGCUCAGUGAAGGAAGACAAGUCAUGUGAGACCAAGAAGUCAUUUUUGUGUGGUCAUUGUACGAUCCUUUAUUUUGACCAUGCUCUGUACCUGAUGCACAUGGGCCUGCACGGGCGGGGGAACCCCUGGAUGUGUGCUGUGUGUGGGGAAGAGUUCGGGGAGAAGUACAGCUUUACUUCCCAUUUCAUCAACCAGCACAGCCAGGCCUCUUCUGGGGAGUAGCUGGAACACAGCGAGUCGCCAGGGACCAUUCAGUGAGGCGAAGAUGAGGAGAUGUCUAUCUAUGCCUUGGGGACCAGUCAUUUACCAUGUUUCUGUGGAUACAGAACUAUGUUUGCCAUCAUGUUAACUUGGCAAGAAUAGGGAAGUAAUAUACACUGAUAUAUACUACUCAAAAGAAG